AUGGUCCGUGGAGCAAGGAAAGCUCUUGCUGUCGGAGUUGCGGUGGCUGUCGCAUGCGGUCUCCAGAAGCACUUGAAUUUUGUGCCUGGGCCUCGACAUGCUGCUCCAGUGGCAGCAGCAGCAGCCAGCAUGAUGAUGGCUCCUGCAGCUUUUGCUGAUGAGAUCGGCGAUGCUGCAAAGAAGCUUGGGGAUGCUUCCUACUCUUUUGCCAAGGAAGUGGACUGGAACAAUGGCAUUUUCCUGCAGGCCCCUGGCAAGUUUCAGCCCUUGGAAGCUUUGAAAGCCAUUGACAAGAUGAUCGAAAUGGGGGCGGCCGCAGAUCCAAAGCUUCUGAAGGAUGCAGCAGAAGCACAUCACAAGGCCAUUGGGAGCAUCAGCGGGCCAAAUGGUGUGACUUCGCGCGCUGACUGGGAUGCUGUGAAUGCAGCCAUUGGCCGUGUAGUCGCUUCGGUCCCCAAAGCAAAGGUCAUGGCCGUUUACGAUUCAGUGAACGCCAUCACGGACCCCGGGGUGCCAGCGUACAUGAAGUCCUUGGUGAACGGACCCGAUGCCGAGAAGGCCUACCAAGGAUUCCUGGAAUUCAAGGAUGUUGUUGAAAAGAACCAGGUGGCCACGGCCGGUGCUCCUGCAGUUGUGCCUUCUGGAGAUAAAAUUGGUGAAGCUGCAAAAGCGUUGUCCGAUGCAUCCUAUCCUUUCAUCAAGGACAUUGAUUGGCUGUCGGACAUUUACCUGAAGCCGCUGCCCGGCAAGACCGCCCCAGAGACGCUGAAAGCCAUUGACAAGAUGAUCGUGAUGGGCGCGAAGAUGGAUGGAAACCUCUUGAAGGCAGCAGCAGAGGCACACCACAAGGCCAUUGGCAGCAUUGAUGCCACUGGUGUGACGUCUGCGGCCGACUACGAAGCUGUGAAUGCAGCCAUUGGCCACUUGGUGGCAUCCGUGCCGAAGACAACUGUGAUGGAUGUGUACAAUUCCAUGGCUGGCGUGGUUGAUUCCAGCGUCCCCAACAACUUGUUUUCGAAGGUGAACCCAUUGGAUGCAGUGGCUGCCGCCAAGGGUUUCUACACCUUCAAGGAUGUUGUGGACUGGUUUUCCGUUCGCAAAACCACUGGCGUGGAGCGGCUCAGCCGUUGGCUUCGAGCGCGUGAGAUCGCGGUGGUUGGUAGCUCGGGGGUUCAAAGUUUGUGGAGAUCCUCUUGUGUUGUUGUGUUUGAGUUGGACGAUGUGAUGUGCUGCAGGUCACGUGGAGAUCGCGGGGUGUCGCUGUUUCAGCUUGAGGACUACUUCGCUGGCAUCAGCCAAGACUUCGCCGAGGUGGCCCCUGCCCUGGCGCGCCGUGGCUACUUUUUGGCGGUGGUGAUUCGUGGUUUUCAUCCUGCCAAUAGGGAAGAAAAGAGUAGCCCAUCCCGAUGGUGGAGAAAAGAGGUCGCAGAGGAAGCGAAGGAUGAAUUUGUGGAUGGCCCCGAGCUGGCGCGAAAGCUGAUCGCGCGGCGCUGCCCGGAUGCCUUGCCCAGUUUUCAGGCCAUUAGCACCACCCAGGACAGAAAGGUGGAUGGCUCCAGUCUUGAGGACGCCAUGCAACAAAUUGCCAAAGAGUACCGGGUGCCGGCGAGGCGGAUGGUGCUUUUUACGGCCUCUAACGCAUUUGAACAAGAUGGACAAGAUAAGACCUGGACAGGCAUUCACGUGCCUAAUCCCAAAGAAGGCUUCAGACACGAUGAUUACCAGCUACCCACAAGUCUUGAUGAAGGCUACUUGACGCUGCUUCCAGCUGUGUUGGAACAGGCGUGGGGUUUUGUCGCCAAGAGACUUUAA